AGGACUUUUGUCCACGAUUGCAGUUCCAGCCAAAUACCAAGAAUACGAAUAUGGCCUAUAUUUUACUUUAUUUUCUUAUAUAGAGCUACAGAAAUUGCUUGCCCCCACAACUAGUAGUUCCAGAACUAAUUGAGGCAGGGGCAAGAGUUUAUGUUACAAAGGAAAAAAGGAAAAAAAAGGUAAUGUUAUUAUUCACAGCAAAAUUAUAGAAGGUACAAGUAAAACAAUAGAAACAACUAGAGGUAACCGAAAACAAAAUUACCACAUAGUUAAAUACACAAUGUAGCAGUAGUUAAUCUAUAUCAUUAUUUUUAUUUUAAUAAAGAGCUUUAUCUUGGGAAAGUUUUAGUGUUUUAAAAAUUCUCUGUUGUCUGAGAUUGCAUUUGAGUGUGAAAUUGAUCACUGAGCAGUUGCAUUGAGCAUCAUAGCUUCAUUGUACCUUUCUGAUGACGUGAGAAUUUUUUGGUUACUCCAUUUCUGCCUGCCCUGCGAGCAGACGUCCCUUCUAUCUUCCUAGAAAAUUUAGGAAGACUUUUCUAGGAAGAUUGAAGGGACUUUCAUUUUUCUUGUUAUUAGCUUGCUCAUUAAGUUAUUUAUUUAUUUACUUAGGGGAGGACCAAUUGAUUUUUGAGGGGGGUAGUGAUUUGGUAUAGGCACAAUCUUUUGUUACCCUUACAUGUGCCAGAUAAUUUUUUUCUUGGGACAUGUGUGAAUUGUAUGAUAUUUUUUCUGCCAUGUAACAUACUUUUAUUUGGCUCAAUUAAUCAACCUAGUUCCCAUGGUCUCUCCUCUCGGGGGUGGGAAGAUGAGAGACCAUGGGAAGGAGGUUUCUAAAUUCUUUUUGGCAGUGGUUAUGUGCAUUAAUUUUUUGGUACUAGUAUGCAUACCGGAUAUUUUUCAAAAUCACCCACUCCCCCUCAAGAAUCUCGUGGUCUACAGCUUUAGGCUAUCCUCAUCAAAUGUUUCAUUUACAAUUACCUUCCCUCCUCCUUGUGAAAGUGAGUUGGGAGGUUGGGCCAAAAAAAAAAAGAAAAUUAACUGAGGGAGCCCAAGUCCAGGAUGAUGCUGUUUGAAUUCAUUUUCGUUUCUGUUGUUUGUUAAAUCCAUAGAAAAAGAAGUGGAAAUAGGUUCUUUUUUCUGGGUUCAGCACACUGUUCCUGUCAGUUUUCCACUUACCCAACCUCCCCCGCCACCCUCCUCCCAAUUUCAUGCCAGAUUGAGACUCUUACGUCAUCGGAAUUGAGUUCUUUGCAUUGAUUGGUCAGCUAUUUUUGGCCGGGAACCAUGUAUAAAACUGAUAACCAAAUUAAAUGGAGGCAAGAAAUGUUUGGCUCAGCAGAAGUGAAAGCUCCGGCUGUUGCAGUAUUCCUGACUGCAAAGCAAGUUUGAAAAAUGCAGAAUAUAAAACUUGUAGUGGUUGGCGACGGAGGCGUCGGAAAAUCUUGUUUUCUUAUCACUGCAACCACCAGCCAUUUUCCAUGCAACUACGUCCCAACAGUUUUCGACAAUUACUCCGUGAAUCUUAUGUUAAACGGCUCUCCAUGUUCGGUUUCUCUCUGGGAUACAGCAGGCCAAGAAGAUUACGAUCGACUGAGGCCACUUUCUUAUCCACAAACAGAUGUGUUUGUUGUGUGUUUCGACGUAGCAAGUCGAAGCUCAUUUGAAAAUGUGACUGGGAAAUGGGUUCCAGAACUCCGUCACUUCGUACCAGAAGCACCAAUCCUUCUUUUGGCGAACAAAACUGACCUUCGAGGUGGCAACAAUGCAUCUGGAGACAGGGACAUUGUAUCAACAAGGGAAGGGAAGGCUCUUGCCACAUCUCUAGAAGUUUCAUAUGCAGAGUGCAGUUCAGUGACAAAUGAUGGAGUGCAACAGGCCCUUAACAAAGCAGCUGAACUGGCGGUUACUUUCAUUAACCAAGAAAAAAGUGUGACAUCAAAAGCAUUGGGUUUCUUCAAAAGGAGGAGCAAAAAUUCAUGUUCUGUCAAGGAUCAAGAACCACUUCCUCCAGAGUUGCCACCUGCAGGUUUUGCACCUCAUAUAGAGGUCCUCAGUUCAACAUUUGCAAGUGACUGGCAUUCCAUGAUGUCUGACACUAGCAGUGCAGAUGUCAGAUUUUUGUUCUUGGAUGGUCAGUCAUUAGAAGCCCAUAAAACUGUCCUUGCUGCUUCAUCAUCCAUUUUCAAGAACAUUUUCCUCGGCAGAAUGGCUCCAAAUAAUGAAUCUUACAGUUGCAUCUUCGAAGAUAUUUCUUGGAUUUGCAACAAGGAGAGUGAAUGUCCAAACCUAGAUCACGUUGAAGGGCAAUGCCAAAAUGAAGGCAAAACAGUUAUAAGAUUGCAUGAGAGCAUUUCCAAAGGUGUGUUUAUGGAGGUUUUGACUUUUCUCUACACUGGGUCACCAGACAUUUCAGAGGAUGAAGACCAGAACUUUGUCAAAGAAAUUCAAACUGUUGCUGAGAAAUUCCAGUUGGCCUGGUUGUCGGACAUCUGCACAAAUUUACUUAAGGGAGAUUCGUUCCUAAAUCCCAGUAUUGGAACCUGGCUAAAUGACAACACAGGGCAGGUGGCAAAGAAGUUGUUCCUAAACAAGCCAUUACUAGCUGAUGUCAAGUUCCGUGUGGAGGGCACCAUUGUGUAUGGGCACAAAUUGAUAUUGAAAGCAAGGUCACAGGUUAUGGCAGCCAUGUUGGGUGGUUCCUUCAGAGAGAGUGACCUGGAUACAGAAAUUGAGAUCUUGGAUACUUCCCUCCAAAGUUUCUUGGCUGUACUGGAGUACCUCUACACUGACCACGCCCCAAUAGAGGAGGGUGACUCUGUGGAAAUAAUGAUUUUAGCUGACAGGUUCUGUCUGCCGAGACUUGUGACUUUGUGCGAGUUGUACAUCACUAAGAAAGUGGAUUCCUCUAUACAAAAGAGAGUUGCUGAUGGUACAAGUGAUGUCAUAAAUCUCUUGCUCACAUCACAGGCUCACAAUGCAAAGCAGUUAUCUGGCUGGUGUCUUCAUUUCAUUUCCACAAACUUCUCUGUGUUCGAGUCAACUGAAGAGUUUGAUCUUGUUCAAGGAGAAAACAGGGAACAUGUCUAUGAACAUCGCUGGCCACCUUUGUCGUAUUUAAAAGCUCAAGAAGAAUAUGAACAGAAACUCAGGAAAACAAACCCUAAUUCCAAGUGCAAAGUAAUGUGAUGUAUGGAAGUUAAUGGAUGUCUGUGGAAUAAGCUUGAGAGGUUUUGAUAAUGAUAUGGAAAAGCUAUUCAAACACAAGUUCUCGGAGAAAUGUUCUCUGGAUUUUCUGUUUAUUUUGCUCAGAAUGUAGCUUUAUUGUCGAGUAACAUUCAAUGGACACCUGUCUUGUAAGUUUAUGAUAGCUCUUUAUAGUUAGUUCAGGUAUCCUGUCACCUAAACAAUGUGUUGUUGUUGUUGAUAGUUUGUCAAACAGUAUGUAAUUCUUGGUAAUAAAUGUCAUAAGUUCACACUAAAGGCAGAAAAAUAUUUUUAGUUGUUUAUUUAAAAAAGUGUCCCAAAAUCUCUUACUCGUAAGUUUGUCCAGUUGUCCAAAAAAAAAAAAAAGUUUGUCCAAUUCUAAGUAAAAAGUAAUUUCAUAAUCAAAGUCACCUGGACUAAACUACUACCUGAUAUAUGUUGACAAAAUGCAAUAUACUGGUAAAUAAGUACAAUUCUAUUAUUGUUAAAUAAAAUAGAGUAUUUGUAAAAAA